AUGGACUACCAAAUUUGGUUGGUUAUCGUUAAUGGACCUUUUGUUCCAAUGAAAGGAUUUGGUGCUGAAAGAGUCCGUAAGACUGAAGCUGAAUGGAACACCGAAGAUUAUAAACUUAUCUCCUUGAAUGCUAAAGCCAAAAUCAAUCUUAAUUGUGCUAUAAGUCCUAAUGAAUAUAAUAGAGUCUCUACCUGUACCACAGCUAAAGAAAUCUGGGAUAAACUCCAGAUUACCUAUGAAGGGACAUCACAAGUUAAGGAAUCCAAAAUUGACAUCCUUAUGCAUCAAUAUGAACUGUUUCGCAUGAAUGAAAAUGAGUCUAUUAGUACAAUGUUUGUGAGAUUUACUGACAUUAUUAAUGGCUUAAAACACCUUGGCAGAACUAUGACUAAUUCUGAUCUUACAAGGAAAAUUCUUAGAAGCUUACCUGAAAAAUGGGAUGCUAAGGCAACUGCAAUCAAAGAAGCUCAUAACCUCAAUACACUUGAGCUGGAUGAACUUCUCGGUUCUCUUCUCACAUGGGAGAUCACUCUAAAAGAUAGAGAAGGAGAUCAUCAUCGAAAGAAAGAAAUUUCUCUAAAAGCCUUUCAAUUUGAAAAGGAAGUUUCCAACAACGAAAGAAGAAAUUCAACAAGGGAAGGUUCAAAAAGGGAGAAUCCUCUAAUGAGCAAGGCAAAUGUGACUCCCCCACCUAAUUUCAUUGUGGAAAACUGGGACACUUUAAAGCUGAUUGCUAUGCCUACAAGGAGGAAAAGAAAAAGAAAAGAGCAAUGCAAGCCACUUGGGAAGAAUGGAUCCGAAAGUGAUGAGGAAAAAGUCAUUCUUUGUCUCAAGGCGAGUAGGGAUGAGGUAAAUUCUAAUUCUGACUCCUCUUCCGAAAAUGAAAUUACUUAUGAUGAUUUAGUUGAUGCAUAUAAUGGUUUACUUAAUGGCUUCAAAGAAUUGCAUUAUGAACUAGGUAAAAUGGAUGGUUUCAAAGUCUCCACGUCUUCCAAAGACAAAUGGUUUCUUGAUAGCGGAUGCUCAAGACAUAUGACGGGUGACCGUGCAAAAUUCUCCUCUCUAGAAGCAUACAAUGGAGGAAGCGUAACAUUUAGAGAUAAUUCUAAAGGCAAGGCAGAAAAGGUUGCAGGAGAUAGAAAUAAAGAAAGGGAAGUAGAACAAGUUGAGGUUGAAGAAGAAGAAGAGGAAGAACAAGAAUCCAUGCAUAUCCCUCCCUCCAACGAACGGUCCAUCCGUGAGCUUCUACUUGAGAAUCUUGCUCUCUCUAAAAAACAAAUUGCCCUCGGCAAAGAGAACAAGGAACACAUUCUCGACCUGCGCCUUCGACUAGAGGAAAUAGCAAAUGAAGUCGAUCUCGUGAAGAAAGACCUUGCCAAUCUCCGUGUCACGGGACUUCCUCACUUUUGA